AUGGCGCUCAACGCCGCCUCCCACAAUGCCACCGGCGAGCCCACAGGCCCCGUAACCUCCGAGCCCCCCAAGGUGUCCCCAGAGACCAAGAACGACGUCCUCGCGGCCGCCUCGUCGGAUCCCACAGGCCAAUCCGCGCCCGGUAAAGAUGGAGGCGACAGCGCGGCGCCUAAGAAGGUGAAGACGGAGAAGGAGCUCGAGAAGGAGAGGAAGAAGGCGGAGAAGGACGCCAAGUUCAAGGCGAAGAAGGCCGCGCAGAGCGCUGGAGGUGCUGCUGGCGCUGCGGGCGGCAAGGACGCCGCUGCGAAGCCGAAGAAAGAGAAGAAGAAGGAGGAGGCGCUGCCGGAGUACGUCGAGGAGACUAAGCCUGGCGAGAAGAAGAUUCUCAAGUCGCUCGAGGAUCCUCACCUCAAGGCGUAUGUGCCGAAGGUUGUCGAGAGCGCUUGGGGUGCAUGGUGGGAAAAGGAAGGCUUCUUCAAGCCUGAGUACAAUGAGGAGCGUGCGAAGGCCGAGGGCAAGGGCAGCUUCGUAAUUCCCAUUCCUCCCCCCAACGUCACUGGAAAACUUCACUGCGGUCACGCUUUGGCUACCGCGCUGCAAGAUGUCAUGAUCCGAUGGCAUCGUAUGCAGGGUUACCGUACCCUCUACCUCCCCGGCUGCGAUCACGCCGGUAUCUCCACACAGAACGUCGUCGAGAACAUGCUCUGGCGGAAAAACAAGCAGACAAGACAUGAUCUUGGCCGACAGAAGUUCGUUGAGACGACGAUGGAGUGGAAAAAUGAGUAUCAUGAUUCGAUCGUCUCUGUGCUUAAGCGCCUUGGUGGUAGCUUCGACUGGGAGCGUGAGGCUUUCACUAUGGACGAGAACCUCUCCGUCGCUGUUACUGAGACCUUCGUCCAACUUCAAGAGGAGGGACUCAUCUACCGUGCCAACCGUCUUGUCAACUGGUGCACACAAUUGAACACCGCACUCUCGAACUUGGAGGUCGUCAACAAGGAAUUGGCUGGCAGGACGCUCCUUGAUGUGCCAGGAUAUGAGCGCAAGGUCGAGUUCGGUGUGAUCACACAUUUCAAGUACCCCAUCGAUGGAAGCUCAGAAACCGUCGAGGUUGCGACAACACGUCCUGAGACAAUGUUGGGUGAUACCGCCAUUGCUGUCCAUCCCAACGACGAGCGCUACAAGCACCUCCACGGGAAGUUCGCCAAGCACCCCUUCGUCGACCGCUUGAUCCCCAUCAUCGCCGACGACUACGUCGAUCCCGAGUUCGGAACUGGUGCCGUCAAGAUCACCCCCGCGCACGACCCUAACGAUUUCGCCAUCGGCCAGAGGCACAACCUGGAGUUUAUCAACAUCCUGACUGACAACGGUUAUCUCAACAAGAACACCGGAUCUUUUGCGGGUCAGAAGCGUUUCGAUGCCAGGUACUCCGUCGUCGAGAAGUUGACCGAGCUUGGAUUGUUCGUGAAGAAGGAGGACAACCCAAUGAAGGUCCCUCUCUGCGAGAAGACCAAGGAUGUCAUUGAGCCUCUGCAGAAGCCUCAGUGGUGGAUGCGAAUGAAGGAGUUGGCCCAGCCUGCCAUCGACGCCGUCCGCAACGGUGACAUCAAGAUCCGACCAGAGACCUCUGAGCGCGUCUACUACCACUGGAUGGAGAACGUCAACGACUGGUGCUUGUCUCGACAGCUGUGGUGGGGUCACCAGAUCCCAGCCUACUUCGUCAAGAUCGAAGGCGAGGAGGGAGACCGGGCUGAGAACGAUCUCUGGAUCACCGGCCGCACCGAGGAAGAGGCGCGCAAGAAGGCGGAGGAGAAGUUCAAGGGCAAGAAGUUCACCCUUGAGCGUGACGAGGACGUCCUCGACACAUGGUUCUCGUCUGGUCUCUGGCCUUUCAGCACUUUGGGCUGGCCCAAGGAGACUCCCGACUUGAAGAACCUCUUCCCCACCUCCGUCCUCGAGACUGGUUGGGACAUUCUCUUCUUCUGGGUUGCUAGGAUGAUCUUCCUGUCGCUCAAGCUCACUGGCAAGGUGCCUUUCAAGGAGGUCUACUGCCACUCGUUGAUCAGAGAUAGCGAGGGCAGGAAGAUGAGCAAGUCUCUCGGAAACGUCAUUGACCCGAUUGACAUCAUGCAAGGUAUCAGCCUCGCUGACCUCAAUGCCAAACUCCGCACUGGUAACCUCGACCCCAAGGAGCUCAAGACCGCCGAGAAAUACCAGAAGACGUCCUUCCCUCAAGGCAUCCCCGAGUGCGGUGCCGAUGCCCUGAGACUGGCGCUAUGCGGUUACACCACUGGUGGCGGCGACAUCAGCUUCGACGUUGCCGUCAUCCACGGUUACCGACGAUUCUGCAACAAGAUGUACCAGGCCACCAAGUACGUCCUCGGCCGUCUUGGUGACUUCACCCCCCGCGCUGGCAUCGAGAAAUCUGGCAACGAGACCCUUCCCGAGCGCUGGAUCCUCCACAAGCUCACCACCGCGUCCAAGGAGAUCAACACCCUUCUCCAGCAGCGCGACUUCUCCUCCGCAACGCAGGUCGCAUACAAGUACUUCCUCAACAGCCUCUGCGACGUCUUCAUCGAGAACAGCAAGGCCAUCCUUGAAGGCGGCUCCGACCAGGAGAAAGAGAGCACCAAGCAAACCCUCUACACUGCCCUCGAAGGCGGCCUCCUCAUGCUCCACCCCUUCAUGCCCUUCCUGACUGAAGAGCUCUGGCAACGCAUUCCCCGCCGCCAGCGCGACACCACGCCCUCCAUCACCGUGGCCGUGUACCCGCAAUUCAUCUCCACCUUCUCGGAUCCCUCCGCAGAAAAGGAAUACGAGCUCCUCGUCGACUGCUCCAAGGGCCUCCGGUCCCUGAUCUCCGAAUACGCCAUCAAAGACUCCGCAACCACCUUCAUCCAGCCCCUCGACGACGCCACCACCACGAUCCUCCAAUCCCCAACCUCCCGCUCCUCCAUCCUCUCCCUCGCCGGAAAAUCAAUCUCCAACCUCACCAUCCUCUCCCCCUCCGACGCCCAGCCCACCGGCUGCGCCGUCUACACUGUCGGCACGGCCGCCACCGUCUUCCUCGACGUCAAGGGCCGCAUCGACAUCGACAAGGAGAUCGCGAAGGCGAAGGACCGCCUCAAGAAGGCGAACGAGACCGCGGAGAAGCAGAAGAAGAUCAUGGACCAGGCGUGGGAGGAGAAGGUGUCUGAUGCCGUCAAGGAGACGGAGAGGGAGAGGCUGAAGGCAGCCGAGGUGGAGGGCAGGAAUUGGGAGGCGAGUAUUGAGCAGUUUGAGAGGCUGAAGCUUGAGUAG